GACAGCAAAGGUCCAGCGGGAGCCCACGAGUGAAGGCUGGCAAAGCUGCCCUGACCCGCGACCCAAAGCCCCGAUCCGCCUCCCCCAAAGCCUCGUGACCCUGAGGCGCGUCCCACCUCUGGGCCUGGCGCCUAGAAUAUUUAGGCCAGGCAAGAGGAAGGGCUAAAUUGGGGAAGGGGCCGGGGUCGCUGCCCUCACCAGUCCUGGUGGUCCAGGCACCAACCCAUGGCGCCCAAGAAAAAGCGCGGGCCGAGCGCAGGGAGCCAGCCAGGUGGUGCGGCGGCCGCGGGUGCCGAGCAGCUGCUAUCGGAGCGCGCGCAGUACCUGCAACGCGAACACGCGCUGCUCUCGGAGCAGCUGGACACCUGCGAGGAGAGCGUUGACCAGGUGCUGCGAGAGAACGCCUUCCUGGACCGCGAGGCGCUGCGCCUGCGCGAGGAGAACCGGCUCUACGCCAGCUACGUGAGCGCGCGCGCCCAGCGCUGCGCCAACGCCAUCGUCCGGCUGGGCGAGCAGAACCGCGUGGACCUAGCGCAGAUCCACUGGCAGCGGGCGGAACUGGCCUCGCUCUACCACGGGCGCGAGGACGGGGUGCGCGCGCAGCUGUUGGAGAUGGAGGCGCGCGCGGCACAGAUGGCACAGCGGGUGCAAGAGCUGCAGCCCUACAAGGUGCUGCAGCUGGAGCAGCUGGCCCGGAUCCGGGCGCUGGAGCGCGAGCUGCUGCAUAUGCGCGUGGAGCACACGCAGCUGCUCCACCGCGUGAAGCGGCGCUUCCUGGAGGAAAAGGCGGCCUUCGAGCGCGAGGCGCGUCAGCGCGUGCAGUCCCUGGCGCGGCGCGCGGAGCGGGAGGCGGCGCGCGCGCUUGUGGCGCACACGCAGGCCAUCAAAGCGGACAACGGACGCCUGCGGCAGGAGCUGCUGCUGCUGCUCCGCCGGGCCCAGCUGCUGCACCACACGCGGCGCCAGCUGCUGGAACAGCGUGAGCAGCUGCACCGCGAGCACGAGGACACGCGGGACCUGGCGCGUGUGCACGGCUGGCUGCGCAGGGGCCCCGGAGGCCCGCCGCUCUGGGAGCCGCCGGCCUUCUCCCAGCCCACCUCGCGCCCCGGGUCAUUAGCCGCCCCCAUAGGCCCGUUGCGCGCGGCCUCCCAGACCCCGUCUGUGGUACCGUCGCGCGCGGCCUCCCGGGCCUCGUCCGUGGUCCCGUCGCGCGAGGCUUCCUGGGUCCCCUCGUUGGUGCUAUCGAGCAUGGACUCCAGGGUCCCAUCGCUGGCCACUUCAAAGGUGGGAUCCCGGAUGCCAUCCCUGACCGCGUCGCGCGCAGGCUCCCGGGCCCUGUCGCUGGCGCAGUCACUCGAGGGCUCUGGGAUCUCUUCGGGGUCCUCACUGAGGGUGUCCUCACAGGACACUCUUCGUUCUACGAAGUCUGGCCCCAAGCUUCGCUCUGGCCUGUCCCGGGAUCGGGAUCCGGCUCUUCUCCCCCCACAGUCGGAGGAGAGUGUGAACGCUGAAGCUGCGGCAGAAGCCUCCCCGGGUAGAGCCUGAACCUGCAGAGAGUGAGGCCCGGGAGGCCCUAGUGUGGCCGAGUCAGGCGCGCAGGACGCUUACGGGGAUAAUACAAUGGUUAAUAAAGGCGUGGCCCCCGGGCGGCUCUGACACCCGCGUGCAUGCUCUAGCAUUUCCGGCCGGCCACUCAUUCGUGCGUCCAAUUUCCAAACUGCAAGAGAGCUCAGCGCCUGCUUUCCCUGAAUGCCCUUUGGGACCCCGCAUCCCUGCCUUCAGUGGAGCCCUACCGCGAGCCGGCAGGCUCAGAGCAAGCCCGGGCACUGGCGGGCGCGGACGUGCGACGAAGCAGCAGCUGGCAGCUGGGCCGCUACGGUGAGGCCCGGGGAAAAAGCGUAGACUUUGUUCUCCGCGCCAAGGGGAUGUCUUAUGUUCAACCUACUGGGAGUUUUUCAGUAAUUUUAAAACUUUGAUAUACUUUCCAACUUAGAGAAAGUUGCAAAAAUAGCACAGGGACCGCCAUGGAUCCUUUAUCCGGAUGCCCGGCCGCUGACGCUGCCCGUGGAUUUGGUCCGUGUGUAUCGCUGUGCACGCGCGUUGCUUCGGAACCGUUUGAGAUGCGGUUGGAGAUGCUGGCCCCGGAGCCCCGAAGUACUUUCAUGUGUAUUUCCUGAACAGAGGGAUGUUCUCCUACGAUGCUUUAGUGCAGUGAUCAGAACCAGGACAUUUACUGUGGAGGAAUAUUAUCCCCAUCAUCGCUCACAUCACAACUUUGUCACCCGUCCCAAGUGUUUCUGUAGCUGUCCCCAUCUUCCAGGGUCACGUGUUGCAUUUAGUUGUCGCAUCUGGAUGUGUACAGGCGGUUAUUAAAAUGCCCCUCCGUGGAGGGUCAGCUCUCCGGGCUGCGUGGGACGCCCGCCCAGCUCGCGCUCAACCUGCAUCGUGGCCGCGACGCGACCAGCGAGUGCCCAGGGCUAGAGCGGCGCCGCGCUUCCGGUUCGGGAGGCGUGGGUUCCGGGGGUGCGUGGAGGCGGCUGCGGCUCUGCGGGUUGGUGGUGGCCUCGUUUGCUCGUUGUCCCGCGGGCCGGCUCUUCCCUCUGAGCAGGUCUGUGGCGCUCAGCCCGGGCUUCCCUCUCCCCGGGGCCCUGAGUUCCCUUGUUGGGGUCUCAAGUGGGUGCCCCCAGUCCUCCCCAGCACCUCCCGCGGCCUGGCCCUGGUGCUCCUCCCAGGAGCUUGAGGACCCCCAGGGACCAGGGUGGGCCCACCUGAGCCAUCUCUGUCCCCUCACGAGGAGCUGCCAACGCUGGGGCUCUGCGCCCGAGGCGGGCGGGCAGGGAGGUGGGUGCAGCUGCUGCAAGGCGGGCAGCUUCCCCGGCUUGCAGGGCCCCAUGCACCUCCCUACACGCAGGGUCUGUGUAGCUGGGUUGUCGCUGUGUGUGUAGCUUUUUGGAGCAAGGGUGUCUGGCCCUGGGGCAAGAACUGUGUUGGGGAGGGGGACACCUGGGCCCUAGAAAAAGUAUAGGGAGCCCACUCACUCAGCCAGUCUGGAAGGUUGGUUCUUUGUGAAUAAAGAUCCAAACGUUAAAGUAAAACAUACCCGUAAGUGGAUAAAUCUAGGACACUGACGACACCAAAAGCCGCCAAGAAUGAGCAACAGGAGCUCCCAUUCAUUGCUGGUGGGAAGGCAAAAUGGCACAGCCACUGGGGAAGACAGUUUGGCAGGUUCUAAACGUACUCUCACUGUACCAUCCACAACAGUGCUCCUUGGCAUUCGCCGAAAGGAGUUGAACAUUUGUGUCCAUAUAAAAACCCACAUAUGGAGUUAGCUGGGUGUGGUGGUGCACACCUGUAAUCCCAGCUACUAGGGAGGCUGAGGCACAAAAAUUGCUUGAACCCGGGAAGCAGAGGUUACAGUGAGCUGACAUCUGCCACUACACUCCAGCCUGGGCAACAGAGCAAGACUCUAUCUCCAAAAAAACAAAUAUCCCACACAUGGAUGUUUAUAGAAGCUUUAUUAAUAAUGGCCAAAACUCAAGCAGCCAGGAUGUCCUUCAAUAGGUGAAUGGAUAAACUCUGGUCCAUCCAGACAAUGGAAUAUUAUUCGGCACUGAAAAGAAACCAGCUGUCAAGCCAUAAAAAGACACAGAGAAAAUUUAAGUGCACAUUGCUAAGUGAAAGAAGCUGGUCUGAAAAGGCAGCAUGCUGUAUGAUUCCAACUGCAACAUUCUGGAAAAGGCAAAAGGGGGGGAGGACAAUAAAAGGACCAGUGGUUGCCAGGGGUUGGGGGAGGAUGGGGUGAAAAGGUGAAGAAGGAGUAUUUUUAGGGCAGCGAAACUACCCCAUACAAUACUACAAUUGUGCAAACAUGGUUUUUCCAAACUAUGGGAUCUACAACACCAAGAGUGAAGCCCUAAUGUGAACCGUGGGCGUUAGUUAAAAGUCACAUAUCAGUAUUGCCUGUCAGUCACAGAAGAUGAGCCACACUAAGGCAAGAUGUUAAUAAUAGGGGAAAGUGGCCGGGUGCGGUGGCUCACGCCUGUAAUCCCAGCACUUCGGGAGGCCGAGGUGGGCGGAUCACCUGAGGUCAGGAGUUCAAGACCAGUCUGGCCAACAUGGUGAAACCCCAUCUCUAUUAAAAAUACAAAAAUUAGCCUGGCGUGGUGGUGGGCACCUGUAAUUUCAGCUACUCAGGAGGCAGAGGCAGGAGAAUUGCUUGAAGCUGGAGGUGGAGGUUGCAAUGAGCCAAGAUUGCACCACUGCACUCCAGCCUGGGUGACAGAGUGAGACUACGUCUCAAAAUAAUAAUAAUAAUAAUAAUAAUAAUAAUAAUAAUAAGGGAAAGUGCCUGUGAAGGGGUAUUAUGGGAUCUCUGUACUCUAUGAUCAAUUUUUCGGUAAACCUAAAACUGCCCUAAAGAUAUAGUCUGUUAACUUUUUUUAAAAGUAAAAACAUUAAGUAUUGGAAGUAAAUUUGGUAAAUUUGGAAAUGAUUUGAAGACGUGGAAAGCAUUUUUUAAAAAAGAAAACCCAAGGCCAGGCAUGGUGGCUCACGCCUGUAAUCCCAGCACUUUGGGAGGCCAAGGAGGGUGGAUUACUUGAGGCCAGGAGUUCAAGACCAGCCUGGCAAACAUGGCAAAACCCCAUCUCUAUUUAAAAAAAAACAAAAAUGUUAGCUGGGCGUGGUGGCACAUGCCUGUAAUCCCAGCUGUAAUUGGGAGGCUGAGACAGGAGAAUCACUUGAACCCAGGAGGUGGAACUUGCAGUGAGCCAAGAUCGCGCCACUGUACUCCAGCCUGGGAGACAGAGUGAGACUCUGUCUCAAAAUAAAAUAAAAUUAAAAAAGAAAAAAGAAAAGAAAACUCAGGGGCAUAAAAGAUUUUCUGUGAAGACAGGAAAUCAGUGUGAAAAACUUACAGUAAACUACACCGUAAAUUGGAAGACAAAUGACAAUCUUGGCAAAAAUAUUUACAACAAAUAAAACAGACGAAGGACAACUCUAUAAGGAGCUAUAAGAAAAGACCCAACAACCAACCAGAAAACACAGGAAACGACUCGAACACCAAAGACCCAACAACCAACCAGAAAACACAGGAAACGACUUGAACACCUAAGACCCAACAACCAACCAGAAAACACAGGAAAUGACUCAAACACUAAAGACCCAACAACCAACCAGAAAACACACGAAACGACUCGAACACCAAAGACCCAACAACCAACCAGAAAACACAGGCAAUGACUUGAACACCAAA